CAGAAAUAUGGCGUGCUGCCGGAGUCGUUUGAAGCGCUGCUGAGCAGCCCUACUCGGAAAUGCUACUUAGCUUAGCUAGCUGUUCCGUUGCGCGUCGAAAGGUCGUAAGCCUAUCUUAUAUGGUCUGGCAGUAAAGCAGGUGUUCUAGGUUGGACGUUGAGACAAGGUGCACUCGGCGAAGCAAGUCGUGGAGAGAGAGUGUCUGUUAUUUUCCGCCCCGUCGAUCCCUGCGAGUUAUAGGCUCUACAAAACUUGCUGUACGCGGAACAUUCUGACAAUUCCCGCUGUCAUACCUGCCGCCGAACUUACCUAGGCCCUCUGCCACAUUUCCUUCUAGUGCCAGCGAUUCCGUUUAACAGCGUCGCGGCCGCAGAGGUGCCGAUGGUGGCAUCAUCACCUAGCAGUCCCUGUCAUUUUAUUCUCCAACCUCUCCUUACCCGAGCGGGAUGCCAAAAGCGGGCGUUACUCCCAGAAACAUUCUGAUGGUAGGGUCACUUGGCUUGAUGAUUAUCAUGAUGGAUAUUGAGAGCAUCUGUUUGGUUCCAGCACUAGCAUGUCUAGGUAUGUUCGCGAUUAUAGUCAUUGUGUGUAGGCAAUCCACAUCGUGGUGAUGUGAACGGCCUCUAGUAACU